AACAGCCAAUACUUCCUGUGGACGUACCCAGCUAUGGCGGGGAACACUUUGAAAGACCUUUGCGUUUGUGGCCCCAAGAUCCUUCUUCCCUUCCUUGGGGGAGCAGUCGCAGCCCUCAUUGCCGUCUAUGCAGACUGGGCAAUCUUCAAGCGCCGGGCUGGACCCGGAGGCAAGGGCAAUGAGAAGCAAGAAAAGGAGAAGGGAGGCCUCAGCCUUGAUGCCUUGCCUAGCGAGGUCAAGCUCCUCAUAUGUGCUGGCGGCAUCUACGCCUCCUACCUGACGUUCGGGGUCUUGCAGGAGCAGAUAUUCAAGUACCGGGGCCCGCAAGGAGAGCGUUUCACGGCCACGCUCUUCCUCCUCUGGGUCCAGUGCCUGGUGAACGCCCUCUUCGCCCUGGCCUUCAUGCUCGCCGGGUCGCGGAGCUCACAGAAGAUUCCCCUUUUCAACUUUGGCCUGACUGGCACGUCCUAUAUCCUGGCGAUGCUCUUCUCGAAUGAGGCGCUCAAGUACGUCUCCUACCCGACGCAGGCGCUGGGCAAGUCCUGCAAAAUGGUGCCGGUCAUGCUCUUCGGGGUGCUGAUCCGCGGGAAGAAGUAUCGGCCGAUAGAGUACUUUUGCGUGUUCCUGGUGACCCUGGGCAUCACCAUGUUUCAGCUCUAUGGAGGAAAGAAGAAGGGUGGCCACGUAGGCGGGAAAGUGGAGGAGGGGGACUCGUUAUACGGCGUACUGCUGCUCCUGCUCUCCCUGGUAAUGGACGGGGUGACGGGGGCGGUCCAGGACAAGCUGAAGACGAUAUGCAGGCCCACGGUGCACGAGUUCAUGUUCUACACAAACAUGGCCGGCGUCCUCGUCUGCUCCGUCCUCGUCCUCCCCACGGGCCAAUUCGUCCAGGGCACCCGCUUCUGCCUCGAGCACCCCGCCCUCUUCUCCACCAUGGCCUGGCUCUCCCUCACCUCGGCCCUGGGCCAGAACUUCAUCUUCCUGACCAUCAAGUACUUCGACGCGCUCGUCCUGACCACGGUGACUACCACCCGCAAGUUCUUCACCAUCCUAGUGUCUGUGGUCAUGUACGGACACGCCCUCAACAGCAAGCAGUGGCUGGCGGUGCUCUUAGUAUUCUGCGGCCUCAGCGGGGAGGUUUAUGACAACGGGGAAGUCGUUGACCUUAACGUGUCACAGGGAGGAAAGCCGGUGGAGGCCGGCCGGGAGUAUUACAUUGAGGGCCACGGAGGCUCCCACGCCCUGCGCUUGGGCCAAGGCCGCGACUGCACGGCUCUCUUCGAAAGCUACCACCCCUUCACCGAGCGCCACCGGCAGAUCCUAGCGAAGCACCGCGUGGCCGUGGAGGAGACCGUGCUGGACGCGUACUGCCUGGGGGGCGGGGCGCGGGGACAGGGGCGGGGUGAAGACGUGUUCUACGAGACGUUGAAGAGGAGGGUGGCGGCGGCGAUGGCGGGAGUGGACGUGGUCGCCUCCUGGAAGCGACGGGCCUACUACCUGCUGGUGCUCCUGGCCGUCCUCAUCUCCUACCGCGGCUUCCUCCAGGGGCGCUGGUCGGCCCUGCUUGUCUUCUCUCUCUCCUCCUGGCUCCUUGGCGCGAUGGGCCACGACGGCUCGCACUUCGCGUGCUCCCAUCGGCCCUGGGUGAACCGGCUCUGCGGCCUCGGCAUCUCCCUGAUCGCCUCUCCCUUCCUCUGGUACCAUCAGCAUACCUUCGCGCACCACUCCUUCACCAACGAUUUCGACCACGACCCCGACCUCCACCACUUCGUUCUGACGCGGCCGCACGCCAGGCAGCCCCGCGGGCCCCAUCACGCGCUCCAGCAGUUCCGGCUCUACGUGCUCGCCCAGUACGCGGUGGUCGUCUUCGGCGAGACCAUCUGGAUCCCCCUCAAGCUCCUCUGCUUCCGGACCCUGCACGGGGUUAUGGCCUUCCCCAACAUUGGGUGGGACGGUCUGGCCCGGGCGCUCGCCCACUUCGUCCUGUACUACCUGCUCGUCUUCCACGCGCCGGGUCGGUGCUUGGCCGAGGCCGGCGAGGGCGCUUACAAGGCAUGGGCGUUCCCCUUGCUUUACGUGUCGAUAUGCGGCAUGCUCUUCGGGGUUUUCUCGCAAAUCAACCACUUGAACGAGAAGAGCAUCGCUGCGGCUCGAGGAGGCUCAGGACAAGAAGGGAAGAAGGGGCGGACCGGGAGGUCCUCCUGGGCCAAGGAGCAGGUGGAGACCUCCUCCAAUUUCGCGACGCACUCGCCUUGGUGGUUCGUCUUGUCUAAUGGGCUGAACUUCCAAAUUGAGCAUCAUCUUUUUCCAGGUAUCAAUCAUGAGCACCUAUGGAGGGUCCAGCCAGUGGUGAAGGAGGCGUGCAAGGAGUUUGGCGUCAAUUACAAGAGCUAUGAAAGCAUCAUGGAAAUCUUGUGGGAUACAGCUCAAUACUACAAGUCAUUGGCGUGA